AUGGUGAUUCAUGAUCCCCUCCAUCUCUUCAACGCCUCUCUUCUUCUUCCCGCACCUCUCAAUCCAAAUCCCAACUGCAAAACCCCAAAACGCUCCAUCAAACCCUUCCGCACAACCACCAUCAAAUCCUCGGUCCACCCUGACCCUUGGUCCUUGAGCGACGGCAACAACAUCUCUAAACCAAAGCCCAAAUCUAAAAACCCCAAGAACCCUCUCUCCGACGACGAUGCCCGCCGCAUCAUCAACGGCAAAGCUCGCUACCUGAGCGCAUUACGGAAGAACCAGGGCCCUCACGCCCUCACCCCCAAAUGGAUCAAGCGUACACCGGAGCAAAUGGUCCAGUUCCUCUCCGACGACCGCAAUGGCCAUCUUUACGGGAAACAUGUCGUCGCCGCCAUCAAGGCCAUCAGGGGGUUAGCUGGCAAAAAAGAAGCUGACCGCGAUGUUAGGUCUCUCAUGUCCGGAUUCGUCGGAAAAUUGAGCUUCCGAGAGAUGUGCGUCGUUCUCAAAGAGCAGCGAGGCUGGAGGGAAGUUCGCGAUUUCUUCGGCUGGAUGAAAUUGCAGUUGAGCUAUCGUCCGAGCGUGAUCGUCUACACAAUCGUUCUCCGGCUGUACGGCCAAGUUGGGAAGAUUAAAUUAGCAGAGCAGACAUUUCUGGAGAUGCUGGAAGUUGGAUGCGAGCCUGAUGAAGUCGCUUGCGGCACCAUGCUGUGUUCGUACGCUAGGUGGGGGAGGCACAAUGCGAUGUUGUCGUUCUACGAAGCCUUGGAAGGAAGAGGGAUCAAACUCGCCAUUGCUGUUUACAACUUCAUGCUGUCUUCGUUGCAGAAGAAGUCUCUCCAUGGACGGGUCAUUCAUCUUUGGAAGGAAAUGGUUGGCGAAAGAGUAGCUCCUACUGCUUUUACCUUUACCAUUGUGAUCAGUUCUUUUCUCAAGGAAGGUCUUCACGAGGAUGCAUUCAAGGUGUUCGACGAAAUGAAGCAACAGGGGCAUUUGCCGGAGGAGGUUACCUACAGCUUGCUGAUUAAUGCCAGCACGAGAAGAGGAGAUUGGGAUGAAGCCCUGAAGUUGUAUGAUGACAUGAGGUCUUGUGGAAUCGUUCCAAGUAACUUCACUUGUGCUUCACUUUUGACAUUAUAUUACAAGACUGAAGAUUACUCCAAGGCACUUUCCCUCUUCUCUGAGAUGCAGCGAAGGAGAAUUGCAGCUGAUGAAGUCAUAUAUGGUUUGCUCAUAAGAAUCUAUGGCAAGCUUGGGCUUUACGAGGAUGCCCAUAAGACGUUUCGUGAGAUGGAGCGACUGGGUUUGUUGAGCAAAGAGAAGACUUACUUGGCUAUGGCCCAAGUGCAUCGUGCUUCUGGGAAUUAUGAGAGCGCUUUGAGUGUUGUAGAACAAAUGAAGUCCAGGAAGAUUCGGCUGUCUAGGUUUGGUUACAUUGUCCUCUUGCAGUGUUAUGUUAUGAAAGGGGAUGUAGAGGCUGCUGAGUUUACGUUUCAAGGAUUGUCGAUGACUGGAUUGCCUGAUGCUCGGUCUUGCAAUGACAUGCUGAGUCUGUAUGCAGCAUUGGGUUUGACUCGAAAAGCUAAGGAGUUUGUUCUUCGGCUGAGGCAAGAUGAUCAGUUUGAGUUUGAUGAGCAAUUGCAUAAGACGGUUGUAAGAUUGUUUGGCAGGGAGGGUGUGCCGAGAGAUGCCAAACUGUUGAUAGAGGGGAUAUAG